CACCUCUUUGUUAUUUUCAGACUCCCAAGAUGCUUUGCUGUUUGGCGCUAUCCUGAGGUAGCCAAUGUCGUCGGCUCUCUUUGACAUGCCAUGGUGGCAGGCGCUCUUAAACUCCACCCUCAGCCUCAAUCAAAGCAACAGUAGUCUGUUCCUGCUUGAUGUCCCCUGCUGGCAAUCAAGCGCGAUGACGCUUACACUAGUGCUAUGCUACUGCCUGGUGCUUAUUUUGGGCUUGCUUGGUAACAUCCUCUUCAUUUGCAUUAUUAUGCACCAGCGGGACCCUCCUAACGUCACAAGCAUCCUCAUUGCCAACCUUUCGAUUUCUGAUAUCCUGGUGAGUGUGUUCUGCCUUCCCUUCACAGUGGUUUACACGCUCAUGGACCACUGGAUCUUCGGUGCAUUGCUAUGUCGCCUAAUGCCGUUCGUGCAGUGCGUGUCGGUGACCGUUUCAGUUCUGUCUCUGGUUUUGAUCGCACUUGAAAGGCACCAGCUCAUCCUGCAUCCGUCUGGCUGGAAGCCGAGCGUCCCGCAGGCGUAUAUAGCCGUUUUGAUUGUGUGGCUGCUGGCCUGCGUAACAUCAUUACCUUUCCUGGCGUUUCACUUGCUCAGCAGUGAGCCAUACCGUCUGUUUCCUCCGCCGCUCAGCCAGCUGCAGGCCUGUCUGGAAGUCUGGCCCUCUCAGCAACACAAACUAGCCUACACCACCAGCCUGUUACUAUUCCAGUACUGCUGCCCACUGCUCCUCAUGCUACUUUGCUAUCUCCGCAUCUUCCUCCGGCUGCGACGCAGACAGCGCAUGCUGGAGCGCCAGUGCAGCCGCAACCGAGAGGACGAGCACCGGCGUGUGAUGCACAGCAAACGCAUAAAUGUCAUGCUUGUCACUUUGGUGGCUGCAUUUGCUGUGUGCUGGCUGCCAUUAAAUGCCUUUAAUGUGGUGGCGGACUGGCACCAGGAGGCGCUGCCCGUGUAUUACCACAAUCUGCUGUUUUCACUCUGCCAUCUGCUGGCCAUGAGCUCCACCUGCGUCAACCCCAUCAUCUAUGGCUUCCUCAACAGCAACUUCCGCAAGGAUGUGACCUCCGUGGUGCUACACUGCCAUUUUCAGCCACUCGAGGACAGCUACGAACACUUUCCGAUGUCAACAAUUAACACUGAUGUGUCACGGACAUCUUUUAGACUCAGAAACAAUUCUGUGUAAUUGGGCCAAUUGCUUAAUGUUAAUUAAUCUUAACAUCAAAACCAGUGUUUAGUUUAGAUCAGGGGUCACCAAACUUGGGCCACAUCCACACAAAGCCAGAGCUUUCCUUAUCC